AUGGCAUCACCAGGGUACGAGCAUGAGGAUGCUUACGACAGCGGCAUGCUGCCCGUGGGCUCGCUUCACCAAAUCUACUUCGAGCAAUAUGGCAAGAAAGACGGGAAACCAGUGAUCUUCCUCCACGGAGGUCCAGGUGGCUCCACAUCCAUGGAAAACACCGCAUUCUUCGACCCAGCCGUCUAUCGCGUCGUGCUCAUGGAUCAAAGAGGUGCCGGCAAAUCAAAACCACAUGCAGAAGUGAAGGAAAACACUUCUCAGCAUCUGGUCUCUGACAUUGAAGCCUUACGAUCACACCUUGACAUCUCGAAGUGGCACAUGGUCUUUGGAGGGUCCUGGGGUUCGACACUCGCACUACUCUACGCUCAAACGCAUCCGGAGGCUGUGGGAUCGCUUGUACUGAGAGGCAUCUUCCUCGGCAGGAAGAUCGAAUUCGACUGGUCUUUUGGUCGAUCUGGUGUGGCAAUGCUGUAUCCUGACGCCCACGAGAAACUGAUCAGUCAUAUUCCGGAAGAGGAACGUAGGGGAAAGUUGGCGGAAGAUCUGCCUCGAGCAUACUUCAGUCGCUUUACGUCGAGUGAAGUCAGUGUGAGAAGGGCGGCGGGUAAGGUCUGGAAUGCGUAUGAACUUCGGUUGAGCAAAGUCGAUGUGCCUGCGAGUGACUUGGAGAAGGUGGAGGAUGAUGACUGGAGUUUGUCGCACGGGAUCAUGGAGAGUCAUUACUUUAUGAACGGCCUUUUCGUGAGGGAUGGACAGCUAUUGGAGAAGGAGAAUGUAGAUAGGAUGAGGGAGAUUCCCGGCACGAUUGUCCAAGGACGACUGGACUUGGUAUGCCCUCCGCGAUCAGCAUGGGAUUUGCACAGAGCGUGGCCGGAGGCGGCGAUGCAUAUGAUCCCAGCCGCUGGACACAGUGUCAAGGAACCGGGCAUCUUCAAGAAGCUCGUGGAGAUCUGCGAUGAAUAUGGCAAGCAUGAUUUCUCUUGA